AUGGAAGGGAGUAUAAAAGAAUCAAGAAAAACUACUCGUCGACUUCAACCUCAGACUAGGUCCUUCUCUGAGUUUGGAAAAUUUGACAGAACGCUUUACCAAUCUGAUCGAAAUCGCUCAGAAACAUUCACUGAAUCUUCUGGGCCAGAAGAAACCCAAAUUGUGGAGAGGGUUCGAAACUUUCGCACGACAAAAUGGGGCUUUAAGAAUCGAGGCGAUUCACUGCGAGUUUCGACAAGUUCGUUGCCUAAUAGUGAAAUGGAGAACAAAGAAAGGCGAGGGUCUGGAUUUUCUACAAUGUCUUUCACAAGUGAUGAUUGUUUCCAAGAAAGCAACAAUAAAAGACACAAUAUCAUCAUCUUUGGGAUUCCGGGAGUUGGAAAAUCAUUUCUGUUGCAACAGAUGAGAACAUCUGAGUAUCUUACAUCAUGCCCAGAAGGACCAGAUCCAAAUCAUGCAUCCGUCCCUGUAGUUUUAGGAGGAAAAGAAUCCAUUCUUAACUUUGUGGAAGCUGAUAUGUAUAUUCAGAAUCAUGGAGACAGCAACCGAUACGAUGCCUUUCUGAUGGUAUACUCGGUAACAGAUAAAAGGUCAUUUAAUUUCAUCGCCAAUAAACUACAGAAGAUCAAGAGAGAAACAGGCAACACAAAACCUAUAUAUAUCAUAGCCAACAAAGUAGACCUAAUACGAUUUCGGGAAGUUUCCAGUUCGGAGGGUGUUACAUUAGCACAAGAGAACAACUGCAAUUUUUUGGAAGUUUCCGUUUCUUUACAAUGGAAAAUCGACAAAGUCCUGGUGGAUAUUACAAAGCAACUCCAAAGAGGAAAAAAGAACAGCAGCUGUCAAAAACCUUCCCGCCUAUGUAUUGAUGAGAAUAGGAUCUUAAAAACCUCAGCAUCAGAAGAAAAGUCCUUGAAAAAAAGUCGAGUGUCAAUCCUAUCAAGAUUGCGAAAACUAUUUGAAAGAAAACAUUUUGAGUUAUGA